UGUAUAGCACCCUCACUUCACCUGUGAAUCAACACUUAUCACUUAUUCUCCUGCAGCUUUCACAUAUUGAUAGUCCGUUACAUCCAUUCUUGCGCACCACUUUUCUGUUUUAUUCCGAGGAAGUACACUUUCUACACUAUAUAAUACCUCGAAAUACAGUAAUGCAAGUCAGAUUCGCAUUUUGAUACUGUCUAGACAGAGAUCUUGUGCAGUACAAUAUGAACGGAUGCAAUCGUGCCUCCAUUCUUCGAAAUCUGGCAAUGCCUCCUCAUGGCAUCGUGCCAGGUUCUCAUCCAUUAUUCCAUUAUUCCAAGUAAGCAUGAGAAGAUCCCUCUAGAAUUAUGGAGGAUUUACUGAAUUUUGACGUAUUUUGCCUACAGCUCCACAGGGAAUUGAAAUACAAUCAAGGAAGCUCAAGCUACCAGCUUCUAACAACAUCAACUAGAUACAAUUCGACUACCUCUAAAUUGGACGAGUUAGAUAAGGAUAAAACUUCGCGUACUUUUUUUGAGCAUAUUAAAUACUGGAAAACCCUACGAAUUAGACAUUGGAAGAGGAAACGCUCCAUUGAACUUGCUCCUAUAGAACUUUUGAAAUCCAAAAACAAUGGAAAUUGGACUACCUCUAAUUUGGACGAGCUUGAUGAGCAUAGCAGAAACUCCAUGGGACUUAUUCAUGGAGCACUUUCUGAACCGACGAACGAUAUGAUCAACUAUCCACCGACUAAUUUACGGCCUCUGAGAAGGAGUUUUAGCAACAGACUUAAAAAAAAGCGACGGCUUUCAAGUCUUAGGUUUCUUGGAACAUGGUUAGAUUUGCAAGAUGAAGACGCGCGGGAAGCAUAUUGGCGAAAGUUUAGAUCGGAGAAAGCUAGAUUCAAAGUCUUGGAAUCGGCUUUGCCAACGAUCCUACUGCAGCACAUGAGGGUAUUUCAUCAAAUUCUACAUGUCGACACUGCUAACUUUGAGGUAAUGUAGCGCUGCCCUCUGACUCUAGACAUGACUCUUGGCUUGAGAGAACGGGGUUUCUCCGUAGAUGAUCUCGUCAUAUGGGCAUACAUCAUUCAAGGAAGAGAUUCGGAUGAACAGGCACAACGACUUCUGUCUUCUCCCUCACGAAAGCCAACAUUCAUAUUGUUAGAAAUUCUCCGCAAUGAGAUUAAGCACGUGGAAACUUUCAGAUCACUUCUUGAGUAUACUUGGACUCGGGUCUUCUCGGUAAAUUCUCAAGAACGCACCGGGGGCUUUUGGCCUGAAGUUUCCGAGUCAUUUCUUGAGAAGGAAGCGGAGGAUUUAAUGUCAUUUUCUUCACCUGACAUGGAACUAUCCACGUUUACGCUUCUCAUCUCUCGCCUUCUCCAUCAUGCUCGACAUUUACUGCCCUCUGCGGUCGUCCCCAUAUCUCAUAUGGUCCCCCCAUAUUUAUUCCAUAAUCUGCAUCGUGGGUCUAUGUCAGAGACCUUAGAGCCGAAAGAACAUGGUCGAUUCUCCGAAUUCCUCAAUAAAUUACUUCACGCCCUCUCUCGGCCAUCAACCUCAAUACCUUUCGGAUCCAUGUUCCAUAAUUGGCAUGCUCAGAGAGUGCUCUUGAGUUUAGCAAAUCGUACUAAGCCACCUUUGACUAUUGAUCGGCUUGGUUAUCAUUCUGUCCAAGCCGUAUUACUUGCAAUGCAAAAGACUAAUGAAGAGUCAAGAUUAGCUACGCUGCAGGCGAGGGGCUGGCCUCCCUGGAGAGUUGAUCAAGAUGGUAUGGAUGCCCAGAGAUCUUCAGAUGAAGAUAUGAGUAGGGUCGUGUUUGCAAUAAGGCAAAUGAAGGAAGCUGGAUAUAAUACAAAUCUUCGAACUCAUGUCCAUCAUAUUCUCGGGGGACAAGAAGAUGAUGGAACACCAACAAUCCAUACCAGGUCGAUGUCCAAAGCUCAUAUUAGAAAGCUGCGUUCCUUGGAGAGAUCGUCCCCUCUAAAUCAUCGGGUUUGGAGUGCAAGAAUCGUAGCAACACGUGAUGUCCAGGAAGCUUGGAGCGCUUUUAAGAAUUUUCACCGCCUAGGUGGUACACCCGCAUCUUCCAUUUAUCAUGCUAUGAUGGAAAAAAUCGAAGCCGAAAAUAGGAGAACGGGACGUCUUCAAGCGGUAGAUGUUUCGCCCGGCCAGGGUAAGGAAGUGCUUCCGCCAUUUAGCGACAAUUUCAGUGAUUUCUACAAGGAAGAGCUUCGACCACCGUCAACUAUCGAUGUCAUGUAUGAAACAAUGAGGUCAUCUGGUAUACGACCGGAAAGUGACUGUCUGCGAUUCCUUAUCAGCCAUGCUAGGUCAAUACCUGAUGGUAUAAAGUAUCUCCGUGAAAGUGCACAACGAGAUACCUUUUUGAAGUAUCUGAUUGGUCACAACGCCGAUCGACCUGCAGAACUUACAUCGUCGGAAACACGAAUUAUCUAUGCCUUCGUCACGUUACUUUGCCGGUGUGCGGAUAAACUUGUACCACAAGCUCCAAUGUUCGGUUAUAUCAAAGGGUAUCAUGAAAAAUGUUCAAACGUCAUCAACGGUAUCAACGCGGAUGGGGUAAUGCCACAGACGUUGCCUAGAUCUAGGAAGUCUGGUAUCAACCCGCUGUCUCAUGCAUUGGAGCUCAUAAGAACCAGCCAAACGAGAUACAAGCCAACGUGGUAUGCGAUCUUAGAUGCCCUUGCUCGACCUGGCAUUAUCAUUGAUCCUAAUAUAAUUGGUGACCCUCAAGAUGAUGUCAAUUCUUGGAGAAUCUCUGCUGCUGUACUCCAAGAUUUUCACGAUGCGGGGCUUGAGCUCGACCCCAAAGGCUUUCAACUUAUUUGUCGAUGUUUGGAAAAGGCGAUGCUUGCAUCAUUUCGAAUGGACGAAAAAUCAAUGUUCCUGGACGCAAUUCUGCUUGUGAAGGAAGAAUUUGCAAAAAUCUCUUCCACAAGUUUUAAGUUUGAAUUUUCAGUACUCUCUCAUAAGCUACAUGGCGCUAUUUUACAUGCAUACAUCCGUGUUCUAGGGGUAGCAGAGGACCUUGAUGGUCUCAAAGCUGUUGUGGACUGGAUGGUACUUCAUCACAACAGUUUACUUACUGAGGCGAAGUGGACUCGCAAUGGUCAUGAACUCCUGAGAAGAACUCUAACAGCUACAAGGGUAUUCUGUAAUGGGACAUCCUAUGAAGAAGAAGUAAGGGAAUUGGUAGAAAGUGUCGACGGAUGGACAUGGCCAACGGAUGAGGAUGCUAGAAGUUAUAUUGAAGCUGGUCCGUUGAUAGAAUCUGGUGACGGUUCUUUGGUGAUUGACGAACACGAUGAAAAGAAUCUUGCUCGGAUGCCCUACCCAUAAUAGAAUAUCAUAUGUACCAAAAAAUCCAGGAACUAGGCGUCUUUGAUGCACAAUAUAGGGAGUAUAUAGGUCUCAUCUGCUUGAUAUAUGAACGGAAAACUUUUUGUCACAGCUCUUAAAAAAAAACUAUUUUAAUUGCCUUGGUAUAUGUUCCGUGCAAGAUUAACAAGAUUAUCUGUCGAACUUCCCUAAAGGGGAAUCUCUAGAUUUGAAAGUAUCGAGCCUCCGUCUUCUCCGCUGCACACAAAGGUCGAAUUUCAAAGACAAGAAGGUCUCCGCGGAAAUGGUUUGUGUCGGCGUAGGAGGUUAUUAGAAGAAUGAGUAUUCAUGUUAUAUGUUGGUAAAUUUGAUUGAAAGAUUUUGCGAUUUUGACUUAGGAUGACGUUCGGUGUAUGUAUGUAUGUAGUAAAACUAUUUAGCAUUUAUAGAUUCAUUUCUCCCGUCU